AUGAAGGCGCGUAUACACGUGGUCGGAUCUCCUGAAGUUGAUGCCUGGUUAGAUAAAAAUGUUUCAUUUUCAGACGUUAAGAAACGUUACGACAUCAUUUAUGAAGAACAGGAUUUCAUGGUUUUACUUUAUCAUCCUGUUACCAUCAGUUUUGAUCCAAAUGUAAUCAAACAUGUCGUCCAGUGUUGCAUUGCGUCAGAAAUUAAUUUCGUUGUUAUAAAAUGCAAUAAUGGUACUAAUUAUGAAACCAUUUUGAAAGAAUACAUGCAGUUCAAACACAAUCCUCAUUUCAGAUAUUUACCUUCUUUAAGAUUUGAAUAUUUCGUGUCAUUGAUAAAACACUCGAAUGGACUCAUCGGAAAUUCCAGAAAUGGUGUUCGAGAAACGCCCGUUUUAGGUAUUUCUUCGUUAAACAAUGGAAACCGGCAACAAAACCGUUCAACUGAAGCUCGAUCUAUUAUUCAUAUUCCUGAUCAUAGAGAAAUGCCAGCGGCUACAUUGAAAGUAAUGAAAAAUAUUCCGCGUGUAGAACCUGUGACGGAAUUUGGUUCAAGUGCUUGUGCAGCUCGUUUUGGUGAAUUCAUUCGUAAAUGUGAUCUCAGCGCAAUAUAUACACAAAAGUAG